UCUAUCCUAUUUUAGCGAGGUCGGGUAGGAAGGGCGAAGGGAUAAGGUGUGGAGUAAUAGGAGUUGACACUUACCGAGAGGGCUGUGGGGGAGAGAGAGAGAGAGCGGGGGGAAGGAUUGGAGAGAAUGUCUACUUCCACUUGGUUUCUUCAGAGUGCAUUGGCCUCUUCCCAACAGCUAUGGAUGGGGCCGAAGUUUGUUGGCUCUGCUUCUGCUUCUGCUUCUACGCAAAGGCCACGCCCUUCUCUUUCCCUUGUUGUUGAAGCCAAAGCCACCACCAGAAGGGAAGACAGGACUGCUCGCCAUUCUCGUAUUAGAAAAAAGCUGCACAAAGCUGCUUUCUUUGAUCAAGGCUCUCCCCGCCGUUCUCAUCUUUUCUUCUUUGCUUCUGGUCAAGUUGAAGGGACACCAGAAAGGCCAAGGUUAUGCGUCUUCCGCUCCAACAAGCAUCUCUAUGUCCAGGUGAUUGAUGACACCAAGAUGCACACGCUUGCUUCGGCUUCAACCAUGCAGAAACCCAUAUCUGAGGAGUUCGAUUAUAGCUCUGGUGCCACUAUUGUGGCAAAGAAGGUGGGUGAAGUCAUUGCAAAGUCCUGUUUGGAGAAAGGAAUCACAAAAGUGGCCUUUGACCGAGGUGGAUACCCUUAUCAUGGACGUGUUGAAGCCCUUGCCAAUGCAGCUCGAGAAAAUGGCCUUCAAUUCUGAGAUUUAGGUAGUCAAUAUUUUCUUCAAAACCAUGUCUUUCUAAUGUGGAAUCUUGGGAAGGAAGAAUGCUGCAUCAGUUUGUGAAUGGAUUGUUUUUAGAAAGGCUUUUGCUUCUGUUUUUCCUUCUUUCUUCAUGUGAAUUGAAAAGGAAGUUUCAAAUUGGAAUCUUUCCUCUGUAGCUGAUAGCCAUAAUGCAUACUCUGAUUUAGGAAGCAAACCUUCCGCCUCACAACUAAGUUGGCAGCCAACAUUAGACAAGCAUAAUAUAUUCAAUGAUGUAUUUGAAGACAA